UUGCGCAGGAUUUACAAGCAAGAGCCAACCAUAUUCCCAGACCUAGCCAGCACCAAAGAAAAUUCUCAAUAGAAUAAAAAAAAAAUUUACAGACAGAGACAAGGAUUAGAUCAGCAAAAGUCAAGAACGGGAGAAGAAGAAAAGGGGAGAGUGCAAAAGCAGUCUCUCUUUUUGGAUCCCUCAACCUCAUAAUAGGACAUAGAAAUACUCAUUGUUCCCUCUUUUAUUAUAAAGUUUUGACCCUUUUGCUUUCAAUUUGUUUUUCCCUCUUUUGAAAGAUCUUAGAUUUUUCUCUCCCAUUUCUUCGAGAUGAUCAGCCGUGGCGGUAGAGCAUAUUCAUCUCCUGAGAUAGCACGUCCUUCCUCUAGUGAUUACCACCAUGUUGAAGGUCAAGACUUCACUUUCGAAGGGAUUGCUGCAAACGUGAAGCUACUUCUGAAGUUGAUCCACGAGCAAAGCCAGGCGAGCAAUGGGGAUCAAGAUGGUCGCAGAACGCAAAGGGUGGCUGGGAUGAUCAGCAUUCUGGACGAUGUUAAAUCCCGGAUCCAAAAAUAUUCACCACCUGUUGGCAGCCCUUUGAAGGAGUUCAGGCGGUGCAACACAGAUCUCAGGCCUCAUCGUGCUCCCAGGGACAAGAAGUCUGGUGCGGAUCUUGUGAUAGAUGAGAAAGAGAAAUUGAGAAGAGAGCUGCAUGCAAGCUCUGCUGCAAGGAAGAGCCUGGAAGCUAUGUGUUCUAGCUUGGGAAAGGAGAAAGAAAUCAUGGCCUCGGAGCUUUCUCGAAAGGUUCAAGAAUUGAAUGGAAUGGAGGAACUCAUCAAUGAUCUUAAGGCACAGAAUGAGACGUUGCUGGCUAAAGUGCAAGCUUGCGCUGCAGAGCAUAGAGAGAAGAAGCAUGCGGGAGAUCAGACUCAAGGGGUCAAUGCUGCCCUUCAAGAGCGAAACAAGGCACUUUCGGAGCAACUUUUGAAGUCCCUUGAUGGGUAUCGAUCCUUGAAGAGAAAAUAUAAAGAUGCAAAAGAGGAAAGCGUGGGGAUUCAAACAACGAUCGAGGAAAUGGGGGUUGAAGUAGCAGCAGGGCUUGGUCGAGUACAUGGACUCAAGCAGCGGUUGGCAGCAACAGAAGUAGGGGAAGCAGACAUUGAGAGGGAAAUUUCAGCACUGGAAUGCAUGUUCGAGAGUUUAAAUGUUACGAUUUCGAAGCACAUGCAAAAGAAAAGCACCUGUAACUGAGAUCAAAAUGCUGGUAUGGUGGCCAUGUCUU